GCUUGAUUGAAAGGUGAUAGCAUUUUCCGAAGUGGAGCAACAUGAAGAGGCACAGAUUGGAGCAAACAUGGCGGACAAAGCGUCAACUUGACCCCUGGACCUCCUAUAAAAAUGGCGACAGUACUUCCACUUCCUGUGUUUGCCCUCAACAAAGAUGGCGACGGCACUUCCUGUUUCGGGCUUCCGCCUUCAACAAAGAUGGUGCUUAUGGUAGCGGUUCCCUGACAGUCUGGAUUCCGGUUGUAGUUUUUUUUUUUUUUUAGAAACGUGGUUGCAGACGGAGCAAUGGAGGCCAGAGACAAACAGGUGCUCCGCUCCCAUCGCCUGGAACUGAGUGCAGAGGUUCUGGUGGAGGGACUGGUUCUUCAGUACCUGUACCAGGAAGGCGUCUUGACAGAAAACCACGUUCAAGAAAUCCAGGCUCAGACCACGGGCCUCCGGAAGACAAUGCUGCUGCUGGAUAUCCUGCCAUCCAGGGGUCCCAAAGCUUUCGAUGUGUUCCUGGAUUCCCUCAAGGAGUUCCCCUGGGUGAGAGAGAAGCUGCAGAAGGCAAGGGAAGAAGCCACAACAGAGCUGCCUGCAGGAGGAGUGGACAGUGAGAGAGAGAGAGAGAGAGAGAGACAGAGAGAAAGGUCUUCCCUUUUCCGUUGGUUCAUCCCCCAAUGGCCGCUGUGGCUGGUGCACUGCGCUGAUCGGAAGCCAAGACCCAGGUGCUUCUCCUGGUCUCCCAUGCGGGUGCAGGGCCCAAGCACUUGGGCCAUCCUCCACUUCACUCUCGGGCCACAGCAGAGAGCUAGACUGGAAGAGGGGCAACCGGGACAGAAUCCGGUGCCCCAACCGGGACUAGAACCCAUUGUGCCGGUGCUGCAGGCGGAGGAUUAGCCUAGUGAGCCGCGGUGCCGGCCCUUAAAUUCUUUCUUAACAUUCAUUUUAUUGAUUGUCAGAGCCACAUAACUCACAUGUCAUCACAUCCGCUUUGGAGGGCAUUCAUUGCCAGCUCCUUGUGCCUUUGAAGCAGUUUUGGAAAUGUGAUGCAGUGAAGGAAUAGGGCUGCCUAUGCGUUCAGACUUGGUCUUCACAAGUUAAUGAAUUACUGCUGCUGAAGAAAAGAUUUCUAUGCGACGGAAAUGUUUUGCUAAAUAUUCUCAUUGGAGGGUAAUAAAUUUUUCUCUAAUUAAGUUCUGGAGUGCUCUUUUGAAAAAUACAUACACCCCUAUAGCCUCCAGUGAUAUAAGUGUUGACACUUUGGUUUCUCUUGUUACGGUUUCACAUUU